UUGUCUCGUUCCAUGCCCCCGGCGUGGGUCGGCCAAGACUUAGUCCUCAAGACCAACCGACUCCAACUUCUCCCCACAGAAACAACCAACCAUGCCCGGCUUCUCAUCCCUCAAGCUCUUCACCGGCACCUCCCACCCCGCCCUAGCCCACCAUGUCUCCCGUCGACUCGGCAUCCCCAUCUCACCCGCAUCCAUCGACAGACGUCCCUCAGGAGAGAUCUCAGUCUCAAUCAAGGAAAGCGUCAGACAGGCCGAUGUCUAUAUCAUCGGAACCGCUAGCUCGAUCACUUGUACCACCAACUCGGCUCUCAUGGAACUCCUGAUCAUGAUUCACUCCUGUUCGAUCGCCUCCGCUGGACGAAUAACCGCUGUGAUCCCUCACUUCCCAUAUGCACGUCAAGACAAGAAAGAUAAAUCGAGAGCCCCCAUCACCGCCAAGUUGGUUGCGAAUAUGAUCCGUGAAGCAGGCGCUCAUCAUGUCAUUACGAUGGACUUACACGCAUCUCAAAUCCAAGGGUUCUUUGAUUGUCCGGUCGACAACUUAUACGCCGAGCCAACACUAGUCCAAUAUAUCCGAGAGAACGUGGAUGUAAAGAAUGCAGUGAUCGUUUCGCCGGAUGCAGGAGGAGCGAAGCGUGCCUCCUCGAUCGCCGCCCGACUCGAUCUCGACUUUGCCCUCUUCCACAAGGAGCGUAAGAAAGCUAACGAAGUCUCGCGGAUGAUUCUUGUGGGCAGCGUGAAGGGCAAGACGGCGAUUCUGGUAGAUGACAUGGCAGAUACCUGCGGCACGCUGUGUCUAGCCACCGAGAAACUCCAGUCCGCCGGCGCCGUCAACGUCAUCGCCCUCGUCACCCAUGGCAUCCUCUCCGGCCCGGCGAUCUCCAACAUCAAUAACUCCAGCAUGACUAAACUCGUGACGACGAAUACGAUCCCCCAACACGAACAUCUCGAGGCCUGUAACAGACUAGUAUGUGUGGACAUCGCACAGGUGCUUGCCGAGACGAUCAGGCGUAGUCAUUACGGCGAAUCGAUCUCCUUUCUGUUUGAUAGUAUCCCAUGGUCUGGCUCUGCCGCCAUUGAUUAUACCACCCAAUCCAGCCCAGACGAGUCUAAUAAGUCAGCCAAGCCUACUCGCCCUUCGAGCCCAGACCAAGCCCAAUCCCCUCAAGCAAACAUCCUCCUCGACCUUGCUAGCCAGGCUCCCCUCUCCGCCUUGCCCUCAUGAACAUCUAUCUCUGCUCUAGCUCAUUCUUUUUUUUCCCACUUGUUUUAGCGUCGUUGUUGAUAUCUGAUUUUUCACUCCAAUAACUAUCUACCUUCCUUACAAAUCAUGACAAUCAACAAUUGAAACCAAAUAAAACCACUACACAUAACUAGACUGAUCAACACAGAACCAAUAGCAAUUUACCAUAGAUUUUUACCCUACAAGACUAAAAGAAAACAAAAACAAUAUCUAUAUCCCUCUG